AUGCUCGAGGUGCGUCAAGCACAACAUGGCAGGGCGUUGCGUGAGACUGAGAGUGUCGAAGCCCUCGAGGACCAGGAGCUUGGUCGCGUGCGUUGUGUGCAAGAGAUCCAAGGUCAAUGCGUGUACGAAGACAUGGAGCUGAUAGUCACGGACGACGGGAUGCGAGAGGUGGAUCGGGGGGAGUACGAGUCAGCCGUGAUGCCGUCGGAGGGGUCGAGUGCGAGAAUACAGAUGCACUUGAACGCUGGACGAGACUACGAGGCAUGGAAGAGCGACUUCGUGUCAGACUUGUACGCGGACGAGACGAUCAUGGGGAUGCAGAAGUCAAGGGAGGGGAUACAGCGACUGCACGCACUAGCGGAGGAUCUUGAGAGGAUGUACCAGCCGUUCCUGGAGCGGGCAGAGAAGAUCCUGCAUGAGAGGACUGAGGGGCAACAUGGCGGCAGCAGCUCGUCUGGGGCUUCUGUGAAAGAGGGAAUAGCUGUGGCAGCCCAGCCGUCUGUGCUCAGUCCUUGUGGUGUUGCCUCGGCCGCUAAGAGGGACGGAGCUUCUCUCUGCUGCCGAGACGUGUCGGUGGGGAAGGAGAAGACGAAGGGGGUACUCCAUCUCAGGAGCUCGAAGUUGAUCUUCUUGCCCUACAAGUUCGACAACAACAGGGUUGAGGUUGACUGUACCCGGGUCAGCAGCCUCCAGGUCAGCAAGACGGGAGGAUCGAAAGCGCUGCUGCGGCUGAGCAUCAGCGGAGGAGAGGAGAUGGGUUUUCCUGGAGAGACACGUUCAAGGUUCAGGAUCAGACAGCUCGUGUCGCACCUGACGGCAGCGUCGUGCCAGGAUGCAGCAGCAGAAAUCAUUCGAUCCUCCACCAGCAGCUCUUCUAAGAAGCAGCAGUCGGGGAGCAGCGGCGGAAAAGGAGGCGGGGCAGCACCAGAGAAGAAAGCAGCCAAGGAAGAAAACGUGGAGCAACACAGACUAGACGCCUCAACCAUCUUCAAGUACUUCAAGAAAUACCCCAAGUUGGCCAAAGUUUAUGAAGAGCAGGUUCCUCAUGCCAUGAGCGAGCAAGAGUUCUGGAGGCGAUUCUUGGAGGUAUGA